AUGGAAGAUUUUGACUAAAGUUGUUAAGUUCAAGAAAUAUUGGAAUACUAAGAGCUUUAUAAGCUUACCAAAGGAAAAAUAAACCCAAUUAGCAAUAAUCUUAAAAUAGAUUUAUCUGGAUUAACCAUUUCAAGAGAAAAUAUUCAAAAUUUUUGGCUUAUUUUGAAGAACCUUCCAAAGGAAACUACAGAACUGGAUGUAACUUAAAGAGACCUUAUUUUAUAGAAGGAGAUGAGAUUUGAUACCACUCCAUUACUUAAUUUGGCUGAUUUACCUAAAUAAAUAAAAAAAAUUUACUACUUAAUAGGAUUUGCUUAAAUUUAUUAAUGCAUAAAUAUCGAGAAGUACUUAGAAUAAAUAGCUAAGUUGCCUAAAUUUAUAAAUUAAUUUUAAAUAAAUAUUUAACAAGAUUAGGGAAUUGUUUUUUUCAUCUCAUUAGAUAACUAAGAAUUAGAAGUAAUUAUUAAUGUAAAUGAAAGAAAAGAAAGAUAUGGUCUGCUUACGAAAAGCUUUAAAGAAAUAUUUGAAAAUUUUGGAGAUAAAUUCAAUCAAUUUUGUCUUAAUAUUAAGAAUAAUCAAGAUGACGAAUAUACAGAAUAUACCUAAAUAUACGAAGCUCUGUAAUAUUUACCAAAAAAUUUAAGGUCCAUUGAAAUAGUUAAUGAUAUCUAGGAGACUUAGGAAUCUAAUCAAAUUUUAGCAAAUUCGUUGAAAGGAAUCUCCUAAUCAGUCUAAAGAAUAUAUUUUUAAUAAAAUGGAAUACUGAAUAACCAUAUUUGCUCACUAUAAUAAUUUCCAUAAGCAAAAACAAUUAUUUAAAAUAGAAAUUAUAAUAUUAAUGAAUAAUACGACGAUUAUAAAUUCUAAUUAUUGAAGAGUUAAUUCUUUUUAAAUAUGAUAGGAGAAGAUUUGUAAUAAAAUGAAAUAAAUAAUGUUAUACCAAAUUUAAAAGAAGUAUUUUUAAAUAAAUCAAUUAAAGAUAUUUUCUUAAAAUUCAAAAAUCUAUCGGAAUUGACAAUAAAUAAUUGGUAAUAGCUACUUUAGCAAUUUGAGUUCCUAAAUUCUCGUUUAAAAAAUUUAAAUGUAUCUCUAAAUCAAACCAACAAUGGCUUAGAUCCACAAAAUAAUGACUUUUCAUAGACAUUAUUCUCAAGAAUAUAAAAUUUACCCAGAAAAUUAGAGUCUCUAAAACUUAAAUUAACUAACACAAAUUUUUUAGAUACUUCUUUUUAGCUAUUUUCCAACAAUAUUUAGAAUUUGCCUGGGACAUUGAAAUAUUUUAAGUUAAAAAUUGGGAACUACAAUCAAAGGAAUAUAAAUUAUGAUCUAUUAUUUUAGAAUAUAAAGCAGCUACCGAAUUCUUUAACAGAGUUUCAUAUAAUUAUCUAACAUCCAUAAUAAGCAUUUAAUUAGGCAGAGCAUUUCAAAAAUUGUAUAGGAAUUUUCACCAAAGAUAGGAAAAUAUAAAAUUUUACCAUAAAAACUUAAUCACAUAUAAUAUUAAGGGAUAUAUUUAAUUCAAAAACUUUACAAGUUAUACUAUCUGAUGUGAGAAAUUUAAAUAAUAUUUUUAAUUAAUUUGAUGAUCAGUCUUUUUAUUUAGAAGGAGUCGAUUCGCUUUAAUUAAAAAUUAAUCUUGUUUAGACAUUUCCUAAUGGUAAUGAGUGUGAAUAGUUAGGAAAUUAGCUAAAAAAUAUAAGCAAACAAUUUUAGGAAGUUAAGAUAUAGAUAGGAUAAGAGUUUCCAUUUGGUCAAAAUUAAGAGUCACUAAUCAUGUAUUUCAAAUUAGCAGAUUAAAAUUUCUUGAGAAAAGUAUUUGAAAUCUAAAACUCGAAUUAUUAAACGAUAUUUUUAUAAACUGAUAAAAAAUAUUUUUAUAAUAUGAAAUUUCUAACUAACUAUAAUAUAUUAAAUGAUAAUAUAUUUAAUGAGCUUGAUUAAUUCUUAGGAACUGAAGAUUAUCAAUACGAAAAUUUAACACUAUAAUUUUAAGAAAUGAGAAAUAUUGAUGGCAUUAUGAAGUUCAAAGAAAUACAUAAAUUUAUUCAUCCAAAACUCAAAGAAUUUGACUUACAUUAUUAAUAAUGCAAUAUAUCAGACUCUGAUUUACCAUUUUCAAUUUAAGCUCUUGGAGAGAGUUUAUAAUCUAGCAAUAUUGAAAUAUUUAAUUUGAACGUUUAAAGCAACUCUAAAAUUCAUAAUAAAUUCUUAACUAAUGUAUUUAGCAGAAUAUAUUUGUGGGAAAGUUUAAAAUCUUUGAAUUUAUAUUUACCAUCCACAAACAUGAAAUCAAAAGGGCUAAGUUAAUUUUCAAAAAUCAUUUAAGGUAGACUUCCUAAAUUAGAGAAAUUUUAAUUAGAUCUAAGUAAAACAGAAUCAUCUUACAAAUUACUCUCUUCAUCUGUUGCUCAUCUAAUUUAAGCAUUUAAUUGUAAUGUAUGCCCUAAAUUGGAGAGUUUUGAAUUAUCCAUUAAUGAAAUGAAAAAUAAAUACGUUAAGAAAGAUUUGAAAGAUAUUGGAUAUUCAAUAACUAAAUUAUCAUAGACUAUGAAGUGUAUUUUUCUAAAUCUAAAAAAUAUGAUUGAACAAUAAGGCAAAGGGCUCAAAUAUUUGGUUAAAUCUAUUGCUACUUUAAGAAAUUUAGAAAAAGUAGAUUUAGGUUGUUCAUGCCAUGAUUAAAUUUACUAAGAGUCUGUAUUUUUUUUUGCAGUAAAAAUUCCUAAAUAUUUUGACUUCAAUAAAUUAAGGGAGUUAAUAAUAACUUUUGACGUUAAAGAUAAUAUAGACAUAGAUUAAAAUAAGCUCCUCUUAAAAUUAAUUAAAUAACUUAAAUAAACUGAUUUAACUAGAUGCUUCUGUGAUAUUUAUAUUUAUAAUAUGACUAUUGCUAUUGGAGGAUUUGAAGAAGCCUAUUUUGAUCUAAAAAAAUGCACUAUUUCUAAGGAAACAUAUGAUAUACUUACUAAAUUUAUUUUUGAUCUCCCUCCAAAUAUACAACUUCCUGAAGAUUUAAGUUUAGUUCCUAUGUAUGAUUAUAUAUAAACAAACAACAAUUAAAGAAUUAAUCACCAAAAUAGUGAUAGUAGUGAUGAUAGUGAAGAAGAUGAAAGUGAUAUUUUAGAAUUAGAUUAAUUUGUUGAUUUUUGA